AUGCAUCUGUUUAGUAUCCUGAUCCCUCUUGCUCUCCUUACAAGCCCCAUCCUCGCAACUCCCGUUGAUCUCGAGGCCCGCGCAGGCGGCACCGUCCGUUGCACAGCAACAAACACCAGCAAGAGCAAACACACCUCCAAGUCCUGGACCGUCAGCGUCGAGGAUGCCAAGAACCUCGUCCAAAGAGCCGGUGUCAAAGGCGCUGACAAGACUGGAUACCCGCACGCAUUUGGAAACGCGGACAAACUUCAAUGGGACCCUGCUGCCUGCAAGAAGACCAACAUCGAUUUGUUGGAGUACCCUGUUUUCUGGCAGGGUGCGAAGCAGAUCAACCCAGACAAGAAGAUUAAUGAGCAAGCGCACACGCCUAUUCGUGUUGUGUAUGCGAAUGCCGGGGGCACGCCUGUUUACUGUGGUAUCAUGAUUCAUAGCGAGGUUAAGCAGGAACCGGAUGAUAACAAGUCUUGGAUUGGUGAGGCUGGGUUCAGCAAGUGUACCUAG